CCCGCCUCUUCUCUCUGACCAGGGAAAGUGCCACGACUCCACAAACUGCGGCUUUUCUGUAAACUUUCCUUCAUCUCAACAGCUCAGUCCCCCAGGUCUCUGAGUACUCCCAGUACCCCCAGUACCCCCAAUAAUCCCAGCACCCCGAGUACUCCCAGUACUCCCAGGACCCCCAGUACCCCAGUACUCCCAGUCUCCCAGUCAUCCCAGUAUGGACGCGUGGGACCCCCAGACCCUGGCCCUGCUGGUUUUCGGCGGGUUCAUGGUGGUGUCGGCCGUGGGCAUGGCUCUGGUGUCACUGGUGUCCAUGAGGGAGACGUCCUACGAGGACGCUCUGGACCAGCAGCGGCGGCAGAACAACAGAACCCAGCCCCAGCGGUCCGACCGCAGGAAGAAGGAGAAGCCGGUGGACAAGAGGAAAACCAAGAGGAGAGAGGUCCCGGAACCGGACGCCCUAGAGCCCGCCGUGGCCUCGACCAGCGAGCCCGAGUCAGACCCAGAACCCGCCUCUGAGCCUGCAGCCUCCCCGCCUGCUGCUGGACCCGGCUUGCCUGUGGUCCCAGAACUGGUUGAGGAGGCUCCCAUCGCCCCUGAGGCCCCUCCCCCUACCUCAGUAGAAGCUCCGCCCACUACCUCUGUUGAAGCCCCUCCCCCCGCUGCCUCUCCGAAGGAGAAAAGGAAGAAGAAGAAAUCUGGGAAGUUGGAGCCAGUUUCGGCAGCUGAAACGCUUGCUAAGGAAACCGUUGUUGUUGCUUCUGAGGUUGUAGUGGUCGCAACGGAGACCCUUUCCAUGGGCUCUGUACCCAGCGAUCCUGCCCCUGCACCUAGCGAUCCUGCCUCUGCCACGGGGGAGGAGCCAAAGAUGGACACGCCCACAAAGAAGAAGAAGGCCAAGGCUGAACCUGAGACAGACCCGGCCGGCCCACUGCCCUACAAAACUUUGAUGUCCUCUGUCACUGAAGCGACGCUGAGCCAGAAGGAGGUCCAGAAACUGAUCCAGGCCCUGCAACAGAAGAGUCCUCAGACUUCUGGAGAAACAGAUGUUGUUGCUGCCCUGAAGAAGAAGCUGGAGGAGAAGGAGAAGCAGCUGAACAACGAGAAGAAAGACGCUACUAUCACUAAGACCCGCCUCCGAGACCUGACAAAGGAAGUCGGCGCUGAGCGAACCAAGAUGCAGGCCCUGGAGGCGGGUCUGAGGGCGGAGCUCUUGGCCAGUGACCACGCCCAAGCCACUCUGACCCAGCAACUCCAGCUCAAGUUGUCUACUCUCCAGGAGCAACUGGAGAACGGACCAAGCGGCCAGCUCACCAGACUGACCCAGGAGAACUCCAUCCUCCGGGACGCCUUGAACCAGGCCACCAGCCAGGCAGAGAGCAGGCAGAAUGCUGAGCUGGCCCGUCUGCGGCAGGAGGUGCUGCGCGGGGCCAGGGAGGUGACGGAGCUGAGCAGGAGGAACGAAGCCCUGCAGGGCAGUGAGGAGCGUCGGAGGGGUCUGGAGAACAAGCUGUCCUCUGUGGAGCAGCAGCUGGCCCAGAACCAGCUUACCCAUGUGGCGAAGGAGCGUGGCCAUCAGCAGCGACAGGAGGAGAUGCAGGAGGAGCUGAGGAGGUGCAGCGAUGUCAUUGCCAGCCUGCAGGAGCGCCUGACUCAGGCCCAGCAGCAUGAGGUCACGAUUGCCGAGCUCCGUGGUUCCUUGGGUUCUGCUCAGGAGGAGCUGCAGGUUCUCAAGGCCUGCCCACCACCACAGGUUGAUGACUCAUCCAAGAUGGAGGAGCUGAAUACUCGUCUGCAGGAGAAGGAGCAGCAGGUGACCUCCCUGGAGGAGGAGGUGCAGAAUCUGAAGAAGAGCCUGGAGACCAGCACCUCAAAUGGUAUGAAGUCUGAAGAAAAGACAACAGAUUCCCAAACACAGGAAGACACAAGGAUGACGGAGAUGGAGGCCGUUCUAGAGGAGAGAGAGAGGCGAGUGGUAACGUUGGAAACGGACCUCGACAAGCUGAAGGAGGAGAUGGAGACUCUGAGAAGCAAAGUCCAAGAUUCAGGGAGUGAGACCGAAUCAGAGCAGCCUUUUGAAAGCCUGGAGAAGGACUCUCAGAUGCUGGCUCUGGAGGAGGAACUAGUGGCCACGAGAGAAGACCUGGUGCAGACAAAACACAAAAACAAUGAGCUGGAGGAGCAGAACAGGACGGCCGUGGAGGCUCUGUCGGCCGCAGAGACCAAGAACCUCCAGAGACUGACCGAGGCCCAGCAAGCUCUGUUGGUAGCAGAGGACUCUGCCUCCCAUCUGCAGACUGAGGUCCAGAAGUGUCUUCACGUUCUGUUUCCAGAAGUUUCUGUAGAACUGCAGCAGGGUAAUUGGUUGGAGCUGAUCACACAGAAAGCUCUGGAAACUCAACAAGACACAAAAACAUCUCAGGAUGUUCUAACCAAACUGCAGGAGAAGGAAAAGGAGUGCGAGAUGAACCGCAACGUUGUGGCCCAAGCGGAGGGGGAGCUGCUGAGUGUGCAGAGCAGAGCAGAAGAACAGGAGAGGAUCUGGACGCAUCGCCUGGCCCUGGCAGACCAGCAACGGCAGGAGAAUCUGGACAGGGUCACGGCUCUGGAAGAAUCUCUGGAGUUGGUCAACUCUGGAAGCGAAAAUAAACAGCUCAGGGAACAGCUGAUGUUGCUGGAGGCCCAGUUGGAGAAGCAGCUGGAGUCGUCUUACAUCACCGAGACCUCCACCCAGAAGGUGGCCGAGCUCCAGUCGUUCCCGUCUGAGUCUGAUAGACAGCUUGAGAUCGCCCAGACAGAAGUCCAGACAGAGGAGCUCACUACGGAGGAGCAGGAGGAGGUGGAGGUGAAGGAGGUGGAGAAGCAGGAGGAGUUGGAGGUGCAGGAGGUGGAGAAGCAGGAGGAGGUGGAGGAGAAGGAACAAGAGGAGGAGAAGCAGGAAGAGGAGGCAACGCAAGAGCUGGAGCAGAUCUCCUCCCAGACACCCGUGGAGCAGCUCCUCACUGAGGAGCAAGCCGGCCAUUCCAACGACGGGACCUCCGUGUGAUCGACACCACCCACCCGACGGCAUCGGUCCGCCCUCGUCUCUCCAGGACACCCCGUCCCCUGGACCAGAAGGUCUGGACACCAGAAGGUCUGGACCGGAACAUCUGGUCUGUUGUCUGUAGAAGCAGGCACACUCUUCUGGGGUCUGGGUUUUGGAUGGUGUUCCCGCGCUGCCGUUGUGGUGAACAACACUCUCUGCUUCAGUGUUAAAGGGAAGGGGAGCUGGGAGAACCCGCCAUGGCAACCGGCCAGGUCUGCUGCCUCUUACGAGGAACAUUUCAAACAUUAAAAUUUGUAAAAAACAUCACUUUUCUGCCUCGAU